AUGUCUUUGAAUGGUGAGUAUCAGAUUGCGAGCUGGAGUGAAAUCUUCUGCCAAUGCUUACCGAUUGGCAACAAAAAGCCUGCCGCUGGCCCAGAUAUCGAGAUGCAGAAAAUGUCCGCAUCCUCUCGCUACUCUGCGAUCAACAACCCUGUCAUUCCUGACAAUGUGGUUAGUGCUAACAACCCCGACAACAUUCAAAGGCCUUCGCACACUUCUUGGUGGUUGAGAGACGACUCGUCUUCGUUCCCUUCUGCUCCUCCCAGCAGAAGUGGUGCCAUGAACCCUGUCGCUUCUUACCUUGAUCCAACUCCUGGACCCACAGGAAUUCGCACCCCUCCUCGUACGACAGACCCCUACACGUCUCCUAGUCAUGUCAGAUCAAGUAUUGACAUGUUCGUUCACAAUCCAUAUUCGCCUGGAGCUCCUGCUCCUCGCACUCCUCAAUGGGUCUCUCGUGUUGAAUGGGCUGAAACAACUAGUCCUAGGCUUGCGUCCUCAGUCUACCCAGUGUCUGAUUCUGAGUUCAGCAGUGGGCCUAGUUGGCGCCUUCCUGCUCCUUCGUCUAUCUACUCUUCUGAUGCUGCCGACUAUACUCCAACACCAGACCCUCGUCUCGGUGUCCGUGUCCCAAGCAUUAGCCCUAGAGCUGCUUCUUAUGCCGCUAUUCUUGAUGUUCAAGCUGAUAUUGAUGCCAGGCGCUCCGAAGUCGUGUCACCUGCUGGUCAGACUUCUCCAUCUCCAACUGGUUCUGUAGACAGCAUUGACUUCUUUACUGGUGAAGCUAGUAGACCUGAUUUUGGCGAGAGAGUUGAGAGAUGUGGUGGCAGGACAGCUCCGGUCAGACCUCCAAGGUUUGCUGGCACUAGUCCUUAUAUUGCUUGA